AUGCCAUUGACACGAGAUCAAAUGGCCGAUAUUAAAUUAAUUAUAAAGCAAACCAUUGAAGAAUUGCUCAGUGAUGAUAAAUUCUUAACGCUUAUUUCUGAUAAAAUCGAACAGAAACUGGGUAUAAAGGAAUCUCAACAAAAAAUGGUCGAGCUAGAAAAACAAAUAGUGGACCUGAGACAUGCUAACAAUAAACUAGAGUGUGAUUUGGAAAAAUUACAACAACAUGCACGUAGGAAAUCUUUUAGAAUAGUUGGCAUGAAGGAUUCACAUGGUACAAGUGUCCUGGAGCAGGUGCUUACCUUAUGCGAAGAUAACCUAAAAACUCGAGUUUUGUAA